UCCUUUACCUCAUCUGUUGCAGAGCUGUUGGAGAGGCUGCGCUCCAUGCGUCCUGCAAGCUGAAACACAAGGAACUUUGUUUUAACUUACAUUCAACGAGGAAUGCGCUGAAGGACACAAAUGCGUCUGCUGCGCUGUUACUGGGAGAAUCAACAGAUUACACGCAUUUAAAGCGGCUCUCUCAUGCGUAAAAACACCAGAUUUGUGGACUAUGACUGAAACGCGGAACCAACACUGUUUAUGAGAAGCGGGCGCUUUUAAUUAAACUUUGUGGAGGGGAGGUUUUGACUCUUUUUAUGCCAUUACUGGAGGCUGCAGACUGUGAAGAAACGGCAAUCAAAGAUUUGGAGACGCUACGCGGUGUCUGCUCUGGCAAGGAGGAUUGUGGAGACUGAAGACAUGAGACCGAUUAUCAUAUGCGCUCUUCUGCUGUUAAAAGUUACCCUUGGAAAUGCCUGUGCCAGCGGUCAAUUCACUGAAUCAGGGCAGUGUUGCAGCUUAUGUCCUGCUGGCUAUGAAGUGGAAGUAGCGUGUGGGAAAGAGGAUACCAAAUGUGCACCAUGCCCACAGGGAACAUUUUCCCCAUCCAAAGGCCUUGAUCCUUGCCUGCCAUGCAGCAAAUGUCCACCCAGUGUCCCCACAGUGGCAUCCUGCUCCGCUGCUCACAACACCCAAUGUGAGUGUGACACUGGCUACUUCUUUUUGGACACCUACAACCUGUGUGCACCCUGUUCCAAGUGCCAUGCUGGUGAGGGGGUUAUCAGAGAGUGCGGAUAUCAGGGUGAUACUAUGUGCCAGAUCUGUGGCCCGGGAACCUUCUCUGAGGAGCUUGUUAGCACCAAACCCUGCCAGACCUGCACUCAAUGCUCCGACAGUGAGGUGGAGAUCCGUCCCUGUAUGUCAAACUCUGACACACUCUGCAUGGACAGGAGGCUGCACAUUCUGUCUCGCCCUGCUGAGACCGACGGUACCCGUGAUGCUCCUCGCUGGCCAGAUCUGGAGGGUGUCAUGGAGGGGGAGGAGGAAGGGAAAGCCAGCCCUGCUCCGGGAGCGCCCAAGUUUACCCCACAGGAUGAGGGUGGCAGCAAUAACAUUCUCGCUUAUGUGUCUGUCCUGGCUGCUGUGGUGCUGGGCUUACUUAUUUAUGUGGCUUAUAAAUGCUGGAGAUCCUGCAAACAGAAGAAGGCUCUUUCUAAGGCACGUGCAGCUGAGUUGGCAUCUCCAGAAGGAGAAAAGCUCCAGAGCGACAGCGGAGUUUUUCUAGACUCCUACAGCAUACAGGACAACCAGACAAGCAAAGGUAUGAAGACAGAUAGCAUGCAGGAUAGUCGUCUGUAUAUCAACCUACCCCCCCACCGACAGGAAGAGGUGGAGCGCCUCCUGCAAGAGGGAAGCAGCCGAGGAUGGAGGCACCUGGGCGUGGCACUGGGCUACGAGUCUGAACAGCUGGACCUGUUUGGGCGAGGAGAAGCCCCAGCACACACACUUCUCUCUAACUGGGCCCAGAAAGAAAGCUCCACUCUGGGACUGUUGUGCUCAGCACUGGCUCGCAUUGAGAGGCCUGACGUGGUAACAGCUCUUAACUGCCCUUCGCAGGGUGUUUCUGUGGUUUGAGUAUGUCAGCCCCCAGUCUCACAGACGUAAGUGAAGAACUUUGACAUGAGAAGGGAGGCACUGAUUACAACUCUCUUGUCACUAUUGGAAGCUGACAUCGAUGUUUUUUUAUGGCUUUGUUGUCAUGACUCAAUUGUAUGAAAGAAUUUCCUGCAGCACACUGCAAUGGAUCAAAUCAUCUGUGACUGCAGGAAAUUAAUAGACAAAAUAUAGUGUGGGGAACAACCCCGUCAUCUGGAAUGAGGAGGAACCAGCCUACCAAAUGCCACAAUAACUACAUUUAUAUUGUUGUUUAGGUCCACAAAAAUACUGUAAAUAUUUAGUUCAUUGCUGGAAGCUUACUAAUGUCUUGUAAAUGUUGCUUGAGUAUUCUUCACAAACAGCUGUUUACAUCUGUUUGGACAGAAAUCAGACAAGUUUCAUUCAGCAACGCUGCAGUUCAUCAUGAUGUAACUUUUUAGGGAUCAUUUCUGUGCUCAUGUGCACUUAGUUAAAACAAACAAAACAAGAAACAGUGUCGUGUUAAAAUAGCUGCAACAGGAAUUAGAGGUUUAACAUUGUAAACUGUCCCAGUCAUUCUUUCAUAGCAGUUUAUCCAGUGUGUAGAUAGGAACUGCUUCCCUGACUGCUUUUAAAAUGUAUUGCUUUGUGUGUUAUUCGAUCUUUUUGUUGUCUUUCCUGCUGCAGCCGCUAGCUGUGGUUCUAUGGUUCUAUUCACACUGAAUAUAAACCAGAGAUGUGUGACAAAAUCCUUCUUAGAUAUUCCUGAUAAUUGUCAUUUGACUGUAAAUAUCUGAUAUUGGUUUUGAUAAUUCAUGGUUUAAUAUUAAAAUCCAAAAACACAGUUCUUACUAA